AUGUGGGCUACCGCUCCACUGCCGUAUUACUCGGCUUACAAGCCUACCCGGAGGAAAGACAGAGGAAGCGUCAGUAACAAAGAUGCGCCAUUGCCAACCUCCGUCGACAACCAAGUUCCCCUCCCUCCUCUUUCUGCUCAACACAACUCCCACAACAUUCCGCCAGAUUUCUUUGAACCCGCUCUUGAUGGACCGCCAUCGCCGGAGAGGAUUCGUGCCUUGAGCAAGCAGAUGAAGAGGACCUCAGCCUUGGACAAGCACAAGAGCAACGCCACCACGUCCUCCGGCUCGUCGUCCUCGCUGCGCUCAAUUACCUCGGAACGCCGUCCCUCUUGGGAACACACCUUGGAAACCAUCACUUUGUCUAGAAAGUCUUCUGGCCGGUCCACUUCGAGCAGCAUGCCAUCCCGAGACAGACCCGAGAGCGUUCAGCUCUUUGGCAAGACGAUCUUCAACCGCAGAGCCAAGAUGAAGCGCGAAAGCAGCAGCAACUCCUCUGGAAGUUCUUUGUAUUCUGGUGAGCUCGUCCUGGAUGGUCCGCCCUCGGCAAACAAGAAUCACCUCAUCCCGUCCAUCUUCGGUCGUCGACAGACUCUAAGACAAGAUCAAAUAGCAGAAGACCCGGCUCUGGGCAAGAAGCUGCAGAUUUCAGGCCCUUACAAUUUUCAACAUGUCACCCACACCAACCGUGACCAUCUCCCGGACCUUCAACGGGGCAGCCGUGCCGAGAUGGUCUCCGAAUUCUCGGCCAUCCGUGCUGGCCAACGCCCGACUACCGGUACUUUGAAAGGAAUCGACGUCGAAGACUUGCACUUUGCCAACUUUUCAUCCGAGACAUUGAACAUGCCCCAGGACGACGCUCUUGCGGGCGAGACUCAUGCAGAGCUCUUCCUCAACCGCCCACCAGUCAUUCCCCGGCAAGCAGGACCAACCUCAGCGCCCCGGAAGAUGAUCAAGCAUACCCGAUCUCAGGAACAACUCCGCACUAGCCCACCUCGUCCAGCGCCGCCACGUCCUCCCAGGUCGCCCAUCGAUGAGGAGUUCAUCCUGUCUGACAUGCCAGCACCCCCUGUCCCCCCGCCAAGGCAUUCAAGCCGUAUCGGAGUCAAACAUGACAUUCUGAAUGCCAUGGAAGAUGUUGAUCCCCAAGAGCGACCAUCAACCAGUGGCAGCCUCCAAUCAUCCAGCCUUCAGGCUCCCAUCGACCUGGCCGAGCCCCCAGCAACCGCUCAUGGAUAUUUCCCUCACGGCAUUGUUGAUGGGGAAGCGUAUGUGGAUCCGCGAUUCUCACACGCUAUCACCACACCCGAUGAUGCUGCGUGGCCCCUAACCGCUAGUUCAAACUUUUCAUACGAGAUGGCUUUGCCUGACGUCCCGGAGGAGGAGGAGGCUCAUGCUUCUGGCCGAAGAUCCCGCGCCAGCCUAUUCAGCACCAACUCGUCGCUGAGAGGAAGCCAGUCUGUGCCUGUUCUGCGUCAACUCGCACAAACCCAAUGUGACGACUCCCAACGACCGCCAAGCGGUGCAUCGGACACUUUGGGCGGCUUCGACAUGUUCGGCGUACAGGAUGCUUUGAAGGAGGUCAUGGAGGAGGAUGAGGAUCUCGAUGCUCUCCAUCGAGCCAGUUGGGAGGACGAUAUCGACUACUGUUACGAGCAUGAGGCCGAGGCCGAUUGCGACUACGCCUGGGAUCGGCCAUCCUUGGACGUGGUCCGGGAGGAAGUUGUUCAGACCCCUCUCAAUGAAGACGUGUUUGUGGCGCCGCUGUCAGCUGGUUUGAAGCCGGCAUCAACGACACAGUUGGACAUCCCGGCACUCAGCCCGUCAAGCCCUACUUCUACGGCAAACGGCCACGAGGCUAUCACGCCGACGAUUCCGGCUUUACCAGUGCGGUCCAACUUCUCUCACCCCAGGAUGGAAACGAACUACCGCGGCCAGUCUCACUUGCACGUCAGAACUGCGUCUCAUGCCUCGAGCUUCAAGGAGUCUCACGGUUUCCACCUGUCGCCAUCCCUCCUGAUUCCCAGCGACUUUCGCCAGCAGAUGAUGGCGGAGACGGAGGCGGAAUACAGGCAACACCACAGUCACUUCUCGUUCGAUGGCGAGCCCGCGAUGACGCUCGAAACUCCAGGCUUGUUUGCUAGAGACCGGGCCAGCACUUCCACCACCGGCAGCAACUCGUCGGGUCAGACGAGCUUGACGGAAGCCCGACACACCUCGACGAACUCGACCUGGACUGCUCUGACAAGAUACACCGGGAGCACAACGUUUGAGGGAUGGAACCCCAAGGCCGAAGGCAUCGACCACUCUCGCUCGGUCAGCGUCGACGACCUCCCCAGUCUGGAGUCGCCCAAGACACGCAAGUCGACCAUGACGCCGUUGCCCGAGACCGAGGAGGUACUCACAACGUCUCACUCUACCGGUGACAUGCGCGCAGUCUCGGAGGGCAGCCAGGCCAUGUCUGCGAAGGAGGCCGUCAAGCAGCACCGGCGCCAACGUGCCCGCACCACCAGCUUGAGCACCCCGCCACCUCCCGGGCAGUACGCACUUUUCCCGCCAGUUUACUCCGGCAGCCGGAUCUAA